ACCGCCGCCAGUCUGAGGCAGGUGCCCGACAUGGCGAGUGCUGUGCUGCCGAGCGGAUCCCAGUGUGCGGCGGCAGCGGCUGUGGCGGCGGCGGCGGCGCCUCCAGGGCUCCGGCUCCGGCUCCUGCUGUUGCUCCUUUCGGCCGCGGCACUGAUCCCCACAGGUGAUGGACAGAAUCUGUUUACUAAAGACGUGACGGUGAUUGAAGGAGAAGUUGCAACCAUCAGCUGCCAAGUCAAUAAGAGUGACGACUCCGUGAUUCAGCUCCUGAACCCCAACAGGCAGACCAUUUACUUCAGAGACUUCAGGCCUUUGAAGGACAGCAGGUUUCAGCUGCUGAAUUUUUCUAGCAGUGAACUCAAAGUGUCACUGACAAAUGUCUCAAUUUCGGAUGAAGGGAGAUACUUCUGCCAGCUCUACACGGAUCCCCCACAGGAGAGUUACACCACCAUCACAGUCCUGGUCCCUCCACGUAACUUGAUGAUCGAUAUCCAGAAAGACACGGCAGUCGAAGGGGAGGAAAUUGAAGUCAACUGCACUGCAAUGGCCAGCAAGCCGGCUACGACCAUCAGGUGGUUCAAAGGGAACAAGGAACUCAAAGGCAAAUCAGAGGUGGAAGAGUGGUCGGACAUGUACACGGUGACCAGCCAGCUGAUGCUGAAGGUGCACAAGGAGGAUGAUGGGGUCCCAGUGAUCUGUCAGGUGGAGCACCCUGCAGUCACUGGAAACCUGCAGACCCAGCGGUACCUAGAAGUGCAGUACAAACCACAAGUGCAUAUCCAGAUGACGUACCCUCUACAAGGCCUAACCCGGGAAGGGGAUUCGCUUGAGUUAACGUGUGAAGUCACCGGGAAGCCCCAGCCUGUGAUGGUGAAUUGGGUGAGAGUCGAUGAUGAAAUGCCUCAGCAUGCCGUACUGUCUGGGCCAAACCUGUUCAUCAAUAACCUAAACAAAACAGAUAAUGGUACUUACCGCUGUGAGGCUUCCAACAUAGUGGGAAAGGCUCAUUCGGACUAUAUGCUGUAUGUAUACGAUCCCCCCACAACUAUCCCUCCUCCCACAACAACCACCACCACUACCACCACCACCACCACCACCACCAUCCUUACCAUCAUCACAGACACCACGGCGACGACAGAACCAGCAGUUCACGAUUCUCGAGCAGGUGAAGAGGGGACCAUUGGGGCAGUGGACCACGCGGUGAUUGGCGGCGUCGUAGCUGUGGUGGUGUUUGCCAUGCUAUGCCUGCUCAUCAUUCUGGGCCGCUAUUUUGCCAGACAUAAAGGUACAUACUUCACUCAUGAAGCCAAAGGAGCUGAUGACGCAGCAGACGCAGACACAGCUAUAAUCAAUGCAGAAGGAGGACAGAACAACUCUGAAGAAAAGAAAGAGUACUUCAUCUAGAUCAGCCUUUUUGUUCCAAUGAGGUGUCCAACUGGCCUGUUUAGAUGAUAAAGAGACAGUGAUACUGGAACUUUCGCGAAGCUCAUGUGGUUUUUUUUUUAUGAGUGGGUGGAGAGAUGCGAGACUGGGAAGGCUUGGGAUUUGCAAUGUACAAACAAAAACAAAGAAUGUUCUUUGAAAGUACGCUCUGCUGUUUGACACCUCUUUUUAAUCUGGUUUUAUUUUGGUUUGGGUUUUGGUUUUUUCAUUUCUGUUUCUUCCUACCAAGUCAAACUUGGGUACUUGGAUUUGGUUUCGGUAGAUUGCAGAAAAUUCUGUGCCUUGUUUUUCAUUCGCUUGUUGUGUUUCUUUCCCCUAGCCCUUUUAUGCAUUUAUUUUUCCCAAAAUCAAAUUUGUUUUUCCCCCUCUAAAACCUCCCAAUUUUUUGGAAUUGACCUGCUGGGUUUCCUGAGAUUUCCCCCUCGUUGCCAGUUUUUUUGUUUUGGUUUGGUUUGGUUUGCUUUUUUAUUUGUGUUAAUGGUGACUGCUUUCUGUUCCAAAUUCAGUUUCAUAAAAGGAAAACCAGCACAGUUUAGAUUUCAUAGUUCAGAAUUUAGUGUCUCCAUGAUGCAUCCUUCUGUUGUCGUAAAGAUUUGGGUGAAGAAAAAAAAGAAAAAAAGAAAAAAAAAAAAGAAAAAAUGAAAACUCUUUGCUGCUGCCCAUGUCUUAAGUACUUAGAGCAGCGAAGACUAGAAACGUAGACUGUGACCCAGAAGCUGUCGUCCGCUGUGGAUCCUCAUUACUGUACAGGGUUAUCUGCAAGUGAGGUGUGUCGCAAUGAGAUUGAAUCUGUCGUUAAUUCUUUAUCUGUAGGCGGCUCAGUAUAGAUUACCCCGCGCUGUGCAGAAAGUUUUUGGAGUGGAAAGGUCUCCUCCUUCCUUCCUUGUUGCCCUAAACAGACCCGACAGGUGAGGUCUGUCUGUUUUAUGUAAGUGGACAAAUUUGAGAUGCCACAGGAGGGGAAGCAGGGAGGGGGUACGACAGUUCUGCUCUGGUUAUUUCUACUCUCAACAAGUCCAUCCGCCUUUCCCAAUUGGCCUUACUGCUCACGAAUGCAGGAGAGAGAGUCCGUGUGUCGUGUGAGUGACCGGAGGGAACAGGCUUUGUUAGGUUUGGGUUUUUUUUACCCCCACUUUUGUUUUGGUUUUGGGGUUGUCCCCCCCCCCCUUUUGUGCUUACCAAGGAUGGCAGUGGGAUGUGUCCUGUGUGCACUGUAUAUUACAGACACUGUCCUGCUGGGACACUUGUCCUGCUGGGAUUUCCAGCUCCAGUCCCCGCUCCCGCUCUCAUUCCUUCAGAGUUGGCUUGACAAAGGCUGGAGGUACAAAAGAAGGGCCAGUAUUGUUCUGGAAAGGUCAGAGCUGAGGUGGGAAGGCAGCAGGUAGGGAUCGUCAGUUACUAAAUCAAAACUCAAAAUGUGAGUGUUUCUAUCUUUUAUGCACUAGCCCUGGCCUCUUUCCUCAGCCUUAAGAACCAUCUGCCAAAACUCCCCCCACCUCGCAUGAUGGCAGCCAGAGCACAUAGCUACUGAAAUAAAGUUUCCAUGAACAGACCUUACACCAGAGCCCGAGGGGAAGGUGGAGGAAGGGAGGAGCCCGUUUGCAUCCUCCAAAGCUAAGUGGGGGGUGGCACAAGUGCUGAGGACAUCUAGCAGAAGUCCUGAAGGACAGAACCUAAACUCUUACCGCGCAUGUCGGUAAGCUCCAGACUCCAAAACAGUCCCUCUGGAAAGACGGCAUCAGAAAAGAUAGAUCUAUCUAUAUAUAUAAAUAUAUAAAUAUAUAUUAUAUAACAUUUUCAGUCAGUACUUUUGGAUUUUGCAAGGUGCAUUUUUACUAUUGUUACAUUAUGUGGAAAACUUACGCUGAUUUAUUUAAGGGGAAAAAAAGUGUCGACUCUGUUAUUUGAAAGCGUAUUUCUUUUUCUUGUUUUUAUUUUAACUUCUGAUAGAACCACUGCAAUAUGGGGGCCUUUUGGGAACGGACUGGUGUGUAAAGGAAAAUUCAUUACAGAGCAGUGUUUUGUUAACCCCUCUCCUGCCCCUAGGCACUUCACCAAGACAAAAAGCCACAAGGAACAUCCCUUUUUCAAGAAUUUUAUAAUGUGCAUCUAUUCCGAGCCCUUAGCACCCAUCCUGACCAUAGUGACCAUAUCAAAGGGUGACGACCAGUUAGCAUGUCGUUGAAAGGGUUUUUCAGCUGUUCUUUUUAGAAAAAAAAAAAUAUAAAAAGUAUAAAAAAACAACAAAAAACAAACAAACACAAAAAAACUAC